AUGGGAUGCUGGAGAAGGAAGAAAAAGAAUAAGAAGAAAGAAAAGGAGAAGGCGAGAAUUUGGUUCCUCAGAAAUGGAAGCAUGUUUCUUGAGCAACUCAUUGCAGACUGUAACGGCAUAUCAAACCCUAUCCGAGUGUUCUCUUCCAACCAAAUCUCCAAAGCCACGAAUCACUUCGAUCCAUGUUCUCUCAUUGAUCAGUCAGAAACCUUCAUUUGGUACAAGGGCGUUAUCGAAGGAAGAUCUUACAUGCUCAAGAGAUUUACGGAGCCAUGGCGUGAAGACGAGCCUUACAACGAUAUCGUCUUGUCUGUUCGGGUAAGUAAUUACAGUGGUUUCCCGAAACUCAUGGGAUGUUGUCUCGACUUUCCUACUCCAGUGGUGGUGUUUAAAGACCUAGAAUUUAGAUUUUUGAACCGACGAGGAAGUAUUGGUUGUGAGGAUGCACCGUUGUUACCGUGGAAUGUUCGUUUAAAGAUUGCGAAAGAGGUUGCAACGGCUAUAGCUUAUCUUCAUACGGCUUUCCCUAGAGUCAUUAUACACAGAGAUAUAAACCCAAGGAAUGUUUUGUUGGAUAAGAAUGGAACGGCUAAGCUGACUGGUUUAUCGCUUUCGGUAACACUCCCUGAGGGUAAAUCAUGGAUUGAAGAGACGGUGCUUGGAACUCAUGGAUAUGCAGAUCCUAUUUAUAGUAUGACGGGCAUACUGACAGCAUCUUCAGAUGUGUUUAGUUUUGGAAUUCUCAUGUUGGUUCUUCUGAUGGGAAGACGGCCAUUUCUGGUUGGAUCAGAUGGCGUGUUGGAUCCUCAGAGAUUGAUGCUUGACUAUGUGAGGGAUCUCCAGGAGAGAGGAGAACCUGUUGAAUUUGGGGGUGAUUCAAACGACAUGAGGCUUUGUCAGAUGAAAAUGUUUCUCGACCUGGCACUGAGAUGCUGCAAGAAGAGGAAUGAAGACAGGCCAAAGAUGAUCUUGGUGGCAAAAGAGAUUAAGCUAAUAGAAAAAGGAAAACUCGAUUGCUCUGGGGAUGGUCAGAUUUAA